AUGGCAUCGAAGACUGCUGAACACGAAGAUACCCACGCGCCCGAGAUCGUGGACCAGGAGAUGGUCGACGAGGAGAUUCCAGAGAUUGAUCCUAACAAGAUCCAGAUUCUUCCUGGUGCUUCUGAGGAUGGCACCGCUGCUUCGUUCAGAAUUUUACAAGAAGAUCACACGCUCGGCAACGCUCUACGAUACGUGAUUAUGAAAAACCCCGAAGUCGAGUUCUGCGGCUACUCCAUCCCGCACCCGUCCGAAGCAGCAAUGAACCUCCGCAUCCAGACCUACGGCGAAAUCACGGCCGUGCAGGCGCUCGAGAAGGGGCUUGAUGAUCUUGUUGAUCUCUGCGACGUGGUUGAGUCGAAGUUUAGGAGUGCGAUCGAUAAGGGGGAUUACGAGACUACACAACCUAUCGAUAACUAG